UUUGUAUAGAUCCAUCCACCUCUAGUUUAUUUAUAAAGUUGUAAAUCCAAAUGAGUUGAAGUGAAUGACGUUUACACUGAUAGCGAACAGCGGCGAGAGAAAGGGCAGCUCGAGACCACGACGCCCAGUCUCGGGCUGUCACGUGCACGCGGCGCUCCCAUGACAACGGACAACAGCAAAGGUGUUCGAGGGGGGGGGCACGUGACAGCAGGACCAUGUCUUAUCUGUUCAAUUGUCUGUCGGAGGAGGACCAGGAAUUCCACCACAUCAAAAACACUGCUGCUGACUUCUACCGGGCCAACAGAGUACCAGAGGAGCUGGAGGUCGCCCUCGCGGAAGCUUUCUUCCAGAACCCGGAAGACGUCUACGGUUACCUGGCAAACCAUUUCACGAAGCUGUCAUCGGCACCACUCAUCAGCAGACUGCAAGCGAAGGACGUGUAUGACUCCAGAGGACAACUCUGCGUUGAGGCUGAGGUGGUCUGCGUCAUCUGCAAUGAGGAAAAGAGCGUAUCCUCUGCUGCCAUCUCCAGCCAACUGGGACAGAAGGAGACGGGUGUGGACUGGCAGGCCAACAUUGAGGAGAGGGAGCGCCACGUCAUGACUGCAGUCCAGUGGAUCACUGAACAUCUGUGCAAAAUGCUAGAAAAACACGACCCCUGUGAUCAAUCACAGGUUGACCAGAAACUCAGUGACUUCUUCAUAGCCCGAGACCUGGAGGAGAGAGAAAUCAGAAAGAAGAUGGAGGAGGAGAUGAUGUCCGUCACCGAACAAGAGGUGGAGAUUCCACCUUCUCCGCCCGAUAAGAAGAAAGACAAGAAGAAAAAAAAAGGCAACGCUUCAGAGAAGCCAUUUUGUCCGGCCGAGCCACCCGAACCUGUGCUACCUGGAUGCUUGGCCAUUGGCUCGGUGUCCCUGGCUGUGGCCAAAGCCGGGGCCCAAAUAAACGGCGUGCCACUCUACAAGUACAUCAGAAUGCUAAAGAACCCGGAGGAUCAGGACAACUUCCACAUCCCUCUCUCUUUGGUGACUUUACUGAGAUGUGGGAAGACUUGUCCGGGAAAACUGAAACUAUUGGAGGAGGUUUUACUCAUCCCAAAAGCAGGACACCAAGUCAAACAAAUCAUCACAAUGGCCAUGCAGAUGCAGCAGGAAAUAAUGAGAAUAUUGAACACUUCAGGAAAAGGCGGGGCCAUCCAAGCCGUUGCGAGCGACAGCGGAGUGAUACCUCUCAACUUUGAUCGUCCCGAGCAAGCCUUGGAUCUGAUCUCCGAAGCCUGCAACAAUCUGGCACUUUCACUGGGCACCGAGAUCCACCUGGCAGUCAACUGUGCUGCCCACGACCUCAUGGACUACGUCAAGGAAAAGUACGAGAUCGCAACGGGGGUUUUUAAGUCUCCCGAUGAGCUCGUGGCCAUGUAUCAAACCCUGGUUAACAAAUACACAGCAGUGGUGGCUUUCAUCGAUCCUUUCAGGAGGGAGGAUGCGGACCAAUGGGAGAAGCUCAGCAACGUGAUGGGAGACUCGUGCUCACUGCUCUCUGACAUCACAUACAAGCCACAAGCUCCGCCCCUUCCUGGAGUCAGAGGUCGUCUCCUAAAACACGUCAACGAAAUAACGGUCAGCGACUUGAUCCGCAUCUCAGCGGAAGAACAAGGUUCACUUAUAUUUGGGACGGUCAGCAAUGACGCCUGCAGUGACGACUCCAUGGCAGACAUAGCGGUGGGUCUCGGUGUGGACUACGUGAAAGUGGGAGGUCUGUGGAGUGGCGAGAGGAUGACUAAAUACAACAGGCUGGCGUGUAUAGAGGAAGAGCUGGCCCGACAGGGAAGCCUGGUCUCCAAGGAGGAGUACCCCCCUCCGCUGUUGAUUGAAACCACACAGGCGGAGGAGUAACAUCGCAUCUUCAUUUCAUCCGUGCAGUGGAUCAUUCUUCAUACCAGUGACGAGGAGGAGGCGGAGCCUGAAAAAAAUCAAUCAAUCAAUCAAUCAAUCAAUCAAUCAAUUUCUGGCCUUCUUAAAGGUGCCUGUUGUUCUUCUGGUUGUGGGUUUGUACUGACCUUGUACCCUGCUUGUACUCUUACUUGUACUACCGAGGUACUACUACUAUACUUGCUUCAUUCAUUUCCUCUCCUGGCCUCCUUUGUUGCUGUACUCAGUAGUUACUAUUUUCAUUUUCUAUAUAUAUAUAUUAUAUUCUACUAUAAAGUGUAUUUAGAAGGUGGUAAAACCAGGUUUUCUAUGUCUUACAUCUCAUAUUAUGUUUACUAUAUCGUGUAAUGAGAGUGUCAAGGGGACCAUAGGGGUGUUAUUUCAUGUCUAAAGGGCUCUAAUCAUGUUAAAAAGUGUAAUUAGAAGGUGGUAAACAGGUAUUCUAUGUCUUAUUGUCUCUUAUUAUGUCUACUAUAUUGGCUAACAAGGUGGAUAUAAGGCUGUCACCUCAUGUCUAGAUGGUUGUAAUCACAUUUAAAAGUGUAGUUAGAACAUGGUAAACAGAUAUUCUAUGUCUUAUAUGUCUUAUUGUCUUAUUAUGUCUACUAUAUUGGGUAACAAUGUGGAUAUAGGGCUGUUAUUUCAUGUCUAGAUGGUUGUAAUCACAUUUAAAAGUGUGGUUAGAACAUGGUAAACAGAUAUUCUAUGUCUUAUAUGUCUUAUUGUGUCUUAUUAUGUCUACUAUAUUGGGUAACAAUGUGGAUAUAGGGCUGUUACCUCAUGUCUAGAUGGUUGUAAUCACAUUUAAAAGUGUCGUUAGAAGGCGGUAAACAGAUAUUCUAUGUCUUAUAUGUCUUAUUGUGUCUUAUUAUGUCUACUAUAUUGGGUAACAAGGUGGAUAUAAGGCUGUCACCUCAUGUCUAGAUGGUUGUAAUCACAUUUAAAAGUGUAGUUAGAACAUGGUAAACAGAUAUUCUAUGUCUUAUAUGUCUUAUUGUCUUAUUAUGUCUACUAUAUUGGGUAACAAGGUGGAUAUAGGGCUGUUAUUUCAUGUCUAGAUGGUUGUAAUCACAUUUAAAAGUGUCGUUAGAACAUGGUAAACAGAUAUUCUAUGUCUUA